AUAGUAGAAUUCCAGGAGGCCCAAUCAUUGGUUGGGCGCUGGGAGUGGGAAGAACAUGGAGUACGGGAACAGGCUAGUCCUCGCUCCCAUGGUUCGAGUCGGGACACUACCUUUUAGGUUACUAGCAGCACAGUACGGUGCGGAUAUUACCUACGGGGAGGAGAUUAUUGAUCACAAACUGAUUAAAUGCGAGCGCAGAUUAAAUGAGGACAUUGGCUCUAUUGAUUUUGUGGAGAAAGGGACACAUAAUGUUGUGUUUAGAACUUGCCAUGAAGAAAAAAAUCGUAUAGUGUUUCAAAUGGGUACUUCUAAUGCUCAGAGGGCCCUCACUGCUGCUCAGAUAGUGUGUAAAGAUGUUGCAGCGGUAGAUAUAAAUAUGGGUUGCCCCAAGUCAUUCUCUAUUAGUGGAGGCAUGGGAGCUGCAUUAUUGACUAGACCUGAGCUUAUUCAUGAUAUAUUGACAACAUUAAAGAGGAACUUGGACAUACCAGUGACAUGUAAGAUUCGGCUUUUGAAAUCAUCUCAAGAGACGGUAGAAUUAGCACGGCGAAUUGAGAAAACUGGUGUUUCUGCUCUGGCUGUCCAUGGAAGAAGAAUUGCAGAUAGGCCUAGGGAUCCUGCUAAGUGGAAUGAGAUUGCUGAUAUUGUAGCAGCAUUAUCUAUUCCGGUUAUAGCAAAUGGUGAUGUCUUUGAGUAUGAUGAUUUUCAACGCAUUAAGGUGGCUACUGGAGCUUCAUCUGUGAUGGUUGCUAGAGGAGCUCUUUGGAAUGCAUCAGUUUUCUCUCCUGAAGGGAAAGUACCCUGGGAAGAUGUGAAAGUAGAGUAUAUUAGGAAGAGCAUCUUAUGGGAUAAUGAUAUCAAAAGUACGAAGCACACGUUGAAAGAAAUGAUCAUGCACCACUCUUGCCUUGAACUCCCUGAGGGAAAAGCAGUGAUUAAAUCAGAAACCUUAGUAGAUCUUGCGAAACUUUAUGGAGAAGAAAAGUACUAUCAGUUUGUCAGAGGAAACCGAUUGUUGCUCAAAGGAAGUUGGUGACUGAUGCUUCUUUCAGAAGCCUUGCUUUCCUCUCAAACUGAAAACCAAUUGAGUUUGUUCAAUACAUUUUGCCUUAAAAAUUUUUGUUCCAUGCACCCAUCUUCUUACCUGUCUCCCAGACCAACCUGGAUCCGUGAAGAAAGGGUAUGAAAAUAAAAAUAUGAAGAAGGUGGUUGAUUGCAGCGAAUCUGAAGCAAUCAGCAUGAUAGCUACUAACAUCUAUUUGUUAAAGGUGGGCCUUCUUUUAUUUAUCAGAGAACUUGAAGCACCUUAUGCGCGACAGGCUCACCAGAACAGGGUGAAAGGAUCCUGACAGUGUCAAAAGCACGAUGACCAGCAAAUUGUACCAACUCUGAGUUGUUUAGAUUCACCGACUGUUUGUUGCUAAAAUUUUGCUUUAAUUUGUGAUCCCCAAUUUUUAUUUCCCAGAUUGUAACUGUUUUCAGUUUUUGACUGGGUUUAAUGCUAUCCUUGUGAAUGGUUGUGCCCCA